GCGGCGGUGUCUGGCUGGGCCCUGAAACCUGAUGGGAGUUGUAGUUCUCUGUGGCUGAAGGAGGUGGACUCGCUUCCCAGCGUGCCGCGCGCAAAGCCCGCGCGCUCGUUCUCCUCCAGCCUGUCUCGCAGUCGGUCUCACUGAGGAGGCGGCGGCGACGACGACGUCGGCGGUAAUAGUAGCAGCGAGAACGACAACGACCCGAGCACGCGGCGGGCGAGGCGGGAGCGCUUGAGGCCAGGCGGGAGCGGCGGCGACUAAGAAGGCGCCGAGCGGUUCAGUCCGACCAUGUCGGGCGAGGAGGAGGCGGCCGAGCUGACGAUCGCGGAAGACGUGGUCGUGAACAAGUACAAGAUGGGGGGAGAAAUCGCCAACCGAGUCUUGCGUACCGUAGUAGAGGCAGCAACAUCAGGAGUGUCUGUUCUCAGCUUAUGUGAGAGAGGGGAUGCCAUGAUCAUGGAAGAGACGGGCAAAAUCUUUAAGAAAGAGAAAGAUAUGAAGAAAGGUAUUGCCUUCCCUACAAGUAUAUCGGUAAAUAACUGUGUCUGUCACUUCUCCCCCUUGAAGAGUGACCAGGAUUACAUCCUCAAAGAUGGUGAUUUGGUCAAAAUUGACCUGGGAGUCCAUGUUGAUGGCUUCAUAGCAAAUGUAGCUCACAGUUUUAUCAUUGAUGCAUCAAAGGAAAUUCCAGUGACAGGUCGCAAAGCUGAUGUCAUCAAAGCUGCUCACCUUUGUGCUGAAGCUGCUCUGCGUUUAGUCAAGCCUGGAAACCAGAAUUCACAAGUGACAGAUGCCUGGAACAAGAUAGCUCACUCAUUUAACUGCACACCAAUUGAAGGGAUGCUGUCGCACCAGCUAAAACAGCAUGUGAUAGAUGGAGAGAAGACUAUCAUCCAGAAUCCCUCAGACCAGCAAAGAAAGGACCAUGAAAAAGCAGAAUUUGAGGUCCAUGAAGUUUACGCCAUUGAUGUUCUUGUCAGCUCUGGAGAAGGAAAGGCCAAGGAUGCUGGGCAGAGAACUACAAUUUACAAAAGGGACCCUUCCAAGCAAUAUGGUUUGAAAAUGAAAACUUCCCGUGCCUUUUUUAGUGAGGUGGAAAGACGCUUUGAUGCUAUGCCAUUCACUCUCAGGGCGUUUGAGGAUGAAAAGAAGGCGAGGAUGGGGGUAGUAGAAUGUGCUAAACAUGAGCUGCUACAGCCUUUUAAUGUCCUCUAUGAGAAAGAAGGAGAGUUUGUUGCCCAGUUUAAGUUCACGGUGCUUUUAAUGCCCAAUGGUCCCAUGAGGAUAACCAGCGGCCCUUUUGAAUCUGAAUUGUACAAAUCAGAAUUUGAGGUGCAAGAUGCAGAACUGAAGGCACUCUUACAGAGUUCAGCAAGCCGCAAGGCUCAAAAAAAGAAGAAAAAGAAGGCCUCUAAGAAUGCUGAGAAUGCCACAACAGGGGAAACAGCGGAAGAGAAUGAGACUGGUGACUGAACAGCUGUGACCUCCUCUGCAUAGCACCUGAUUUUUUCUCUCACAUGCCCCAACUCAAAACAAGAGAAACAAAUAAUCUUAAAGGCUGUUUGUCUCAUAGGACCAAUUGACAAACAGCCUGGACUUCCCACAGAGUGUAACCAGUUGUGACUGACUUUGCCACUGAGGGAGGAGUCUCUUGGCCACUUCAGAAUACUUUCAAAAGUAUGAAAUAAUAAAAUCAGGAGUAAAAUCUAGCCUACAUCCAGUCUUUCUAGCCUUUGAUACUACUUGUGUUCAUUAGAGGGGAACACACACAGCUCUGAGCAAGAGAGGGAACUUUCUUUUAGCUCUCAUCCCCCCUUUUUUCAUUCCCUUUUACAGGUACUCUUAAUUCCUCUGAAAAAUCCUUAAGUAUCUUCAAACUGAAUUUAAAAAUGCAAAAGCUCUUGGGUUUAGAACUUCAUUACAUGCAGUUAAUGUAUGCCGCCUUGCUGUUCUGAUCUUCAAUAUUUUUUUCUUGCUUAAAACCACAGAACAUUCUUAGGGUUCUUUUUCUGUGUGUUUCUUUUUAAACUCUCAACGUUGUGCUUUUAAAGUUGGCAAGAAGUUAGUUUAAAGAUCAUUCUCUGGGUAGACAGUAUCAAUUUGUGUCUAUACAGAUUUUGCCUUUCUUUUAAUAAAUUUGUGUGAUUUUUUAAAAAUUAUAACCCCAGUGCAAACAUACAUUACAUAUGUUAACUGUCUUGUAAAAAUCCUCCCCAAGACCCAGACACUAAACGAUCUCUGCAGGCACCUACCAGUUCUCAUUUGAUAUUUUCUGACAUGUUCAUCUGCAUUUACCAAUUCUGAAUACUCUUGCUUUCCACAGACUAAAGGUGGUAUCCAACAGUGUCCCUCUGCUAACAGAAAUAAUCUGUUGGCGGAACAAGUGAAGGAGGCAGUUUUUGUCAAUUUCCCCCUCCCCAUGCAGCCCUCCAUGCUCCUCCAACCUUCUGGUGUAGAUUUAAUGGGGUGUGGGGGCUGUGCAGGGAGAGGGAAUAGCCAAAAAUUGCCUACCUUCACUAUUCCACUGACAGAUUUAUUCCGUCAGUGGAUGGACACUUUUGGAUAAUUCUCUUAAACUUGCCACUGCCCAGAUUGGUAUGUUGCAUAAAGCAGGAUUUUCAGAAGAAUCCCCUCCAAACAUCUUUUUUACAUGAGUGAAUGAAAAUGCUGCAUUAAGUAGUUGGACCUGGAAUAAACUCUUUGUGGGAAUCUC